AGUAUACAUCCAGUUUUCCACUACAUCUAUAUUGAACUUGCGAGUAUGCAUAUAUAUACAUACGUACAUAUUUAGUAGCAAAAAAUGGGGUCUGCAAAUAGGUGGAUCGCGACAAACAAAUGUAUUUACAAAUCGCAAUAAAGACAAAAGUGCUUCAAAGGCAAGUCCACAAUGAGACGGCAGAUUGAAGAUACGCCAUAAUGUGUUAAAUAUCGUCAGAAUUGACAAUUACCGAAUGAUUUUUGAUUGACUUAUACUUAUAUAUUUAUCAUAAUUUUCUUAAACACGUUGCUACGAAGCGACUACAAACUACGUGCAUGAAGCAGUGUAGGACGUCAUGAAGUACCUAGCCUGUUUCACCAAAACGAUUUUAUCAUAAGCAGUUUCUUUAAAUAUUAAAAUCGAAUGCGUUUCGAACGUGCGAGACACAUAAUCUCGUACAUAGUUGAAGGUUAUGUUAGUGUCCGAUCCACCUAAGCGACUAGAGAGUAAGAGAUAAUGAUGGACGGAGUGAUUGAAAAAACCAAAGAUUUUAAUGAGCCAACGUCAUUGACGAGGUAUUUGCGAUGAUGUAAACAAUAUGGUCAAGAAGAAUUCUUUUUAAUACUUGGAGAAUCAACUCACAUAACCUGCCUUGUGACUUAAUAUUUACAAAACUAUUUAUUAUGUGGAUUUUAUAUAAGUAAGCUUAUACUUUGAAUGAGUCAGUAAAACAAGUAUUGUAUGAUAAAAUCCAAACAAUUAUAUUAGAUGGUUGUGAUAUGAAAUUUAUUAUUGCUGCUUCAAAUUAUACCCAAGGUGGGUAUUGAAUUGAUUUUACAAUGGAUGAGUGCAGAGUUGCAGAUUAUUUUGUUGUUGCUGGACUUCCAGCACAAGAUGAAGUCAAGACAAUUUUGACUACUGAAAAUAAUGAAGAAAAAAAAGAGAAUUAUGAGAAGCUUGAAGAUUGGUGUCAAGAAGGAACCCACUUGAAAGAUACUAAUUUGCAAGCUCCCAUCACUGAUUUGGCUAUUAUUUUCCCAGCUUUUGGGGAAACCUGUCCAGAAGACUAUACUUUACUCGAAUAUACUGUUACAGGAUUCAAAGCAGAUUUAAAUCAUGGUAGCUUACGAACUGAUGAAUGUUACUUAUGUUACCGUAGAGGCAGAGAUAAACCACCACUUGUUGAUAUAGGUGUAAUAUACGAAGGAAAAGAGCGAAUUAUGAAAGAUGCUGAGAUUGUAACACAAACACCAACUGGCUUAGUAGCCAAUGUCAAUAAUUCUACGUCAAAAAUAUUUGUUACAUAUCGUAGAGCGAGUAAAAAGAUGCCAUGUAAUUCUUUAGUUGUGACAGAUGUGUGUAUUAUUUUGACAAAUAAGGGAGAAACUCCACCUCAUGCUUUUUGUGUUAUUGGAAAAAAUUUGAAUAAGGGCAUGCUUGGCAGUGAUGUAUUUUUGUGUUACAAAAAGUCCAUGAACCGAGCAAACUUAAUUUCAUUCAAACCAGCAAUUUUAUACAAAUAUCCAACAGCUGAUUACGAUAGUUUUGGUUUUCCUAACUCAGUUGCCAUGUUUUGUUUGCCAAUGGGAGCCACCAUUGAAUGCUGGCCAAAAACUGCGAGUAAACCAAGGCCAGUUUUUUCAACUUUUGUUUUGACUGUAGCUGAUGCUGCUCAGAAAAUUUAUGGAUCUGCAAUAAGCUUUUAUGAAGAAGUUUUACCUCCAGAUAAUAUAAGUGAAACUGAUUACAUCAAAAGUAACACAGAUGUUUCAGAAGUAGAAAUUGAUGAUGCAACGGAACCGUCCGAAAUAAUAACCUCAAAGCCACCACCCAAAAAGAAAAUGUUUAAAAAGUUUGGUAUUCUUGAAAAGUUGAAUGAGACUCAGCUGGGAAAGCUACAGUAUACCGAUCCAUCUACUCAGUCCUUAAAUAUAAGCAAAUCCAUAUGUAUUUUAUCGCAUUGGCCGUUUUUCGAUACUUUCGAGCGCUUUCUCGUGUUUCUACAUAGUCUUGUUAAUCGCCAGCCACAAAAUGUGCCUAUCGAGAAAUACAUCUCGUAUUUUCUUUGCGAUAUACCAUUUCCUGGUCCUCAACGGCCUCGUAUUUUGGUCCAAUUAAGUGCUCACGAUCACUUGAUACUUACGCAGCCAGAGGAUUUGGCUCUUCCACGUUCUGGAGCAAGCUUUCGUCAAUUACUCUUAAACCUGGGUGCGGAUAACUGUAUGUUAAUUUUGUUGCUGACACUCACAGAACAAAAAAUACUCGUUCAUUCAUUACGUCCAGAUGUAUUGACAUCAGUCAGUGAAGCCAUAGCAAUGAUUCUAUUCCCAUUCAAGUGGCAGUGUCCUUACAUUCCGCUCUGUCCACUCGGCUUGGCAGAAGUGCUACACGCUCCUUUACCUUUCCUCAUCGGCGUCGAUUCGCGUUUUUUUGACCUUUACGAUCCACCCUCGGACGUUAAUUGUAUCAACCUCGACACCAACAAUAUUGCCAUUUGCGACGAUAAAAAAUAUCUUAACAACAAAUUGUUGCCCAAGAAAGCUGCAAGAAUGCUCAAGAAUUCUUUAGAGAAGUUGUAUGCAAAGCUCAUGACUAUAAACAAAGAUCAUUUGCACGAGAAAUCAACAUUUUCCACUAAUGAGAAGGAUUUCAGCGCGGAUAAGGAAUUCCAACAAAAAAGAAAAGAACAACUUUUAGAGUUGGAAAUACAAGACGCAUUCUUGAGAUUUAUGGCGAUGACAUUAAAAGGGUACAGAUCAUAUUUGUUACCUAUUACAAAGGCUCCAACCGUGGGAACAACGGACCCGACUAGUUUAUUCAAUAUACAAGCCUUUCUUAGAAGUAGAGAUAAGAAUCAUCCAAAAUUUUAUAGUAUGCUUGUUCGUACGCAAAUGUUCAUCAGAUUCAUUGAAGAGCGAAGUUUUGUAUCGGACAUGGACAUGGCGGGCCUAGCUUUCUUUGACGAAUGUACCGAAAGAGUGGAGGAAGAAAAUGUUACACUUUUGGAAUUGGAUGAAUCGCAGCAUAGCGAAAGAACUGUUUUUAUACCGCCCCCAGAGCCAGGACCAAAUCAAACUUUUAUAACAUACGAUACUUUCAAACUAGAUUCUAAAUUGAUGCGGCCACAAAAGAAUUUUCAUUUGAAAAAUCCAACGAUUUGUACGCUUGGUAUGGUACCAGGUAGCCCCAUGGCACGCAGAACAAAACAUGAAAUUAAAAUUGCCCAAAGAAUGGCCCGUAAGCAGGCAGCUUUACCAGAACGAUGGGGUCGUUGUUUACUCAACACGUGCUAUAGUUUGUGGUUCUUACACCUGCCGUCAAUGCUUCAAGUAUCCAAUCUGCCAGCUAAUAUUUUGCAUCAAGCUUAUGAAUUACUCGUCAAAAUGCAAAAGUUGCGUCUAGAUCCCAUGGAGGAGGUUUGUUACCGAGCUAUGAUGCAACUUUGCGGUGUCUAUGGACAACCGGUGCUUGCCGUUAAGUUACUUUUUCACAUGAAACGCAGUGGAGUACAACCUAAUGCUCUCACGUAUGGAUUUUAUAAUAAAGCCGUCCUGGAAGCCACUUGGCCUUCCGAUAUGACCAACUCGAGUCAGUUAAUGUGGAAUAAAUUGCGUAAUGUUAUUGUUGGCGCAGCUCUGUUUAAAAAAGCUGGAAAGAAAAGUGCCAGGAGACGCCUAGGCUCACAUAACGAAGCGAUGCUUUUGCCUAAUGAUCUUAAAAAUCAAAAUUUAGAGCAUGCAGUGUCCCGCUCAAGUCUCGAUAGCACUCACUCGCAAGACACCGAAGCUGCUCAUAGUGAUUCCUUGAAAGAAAGCUCGAUACCUGAUCUACCAACUUUUGGCCUCAACGAAAUGAAGAAACAUCUUCCUCGACAAAACAGCAUAGUCAAAGAUAUAGCAUUGCUAUGCAAUUCGCAAUCGGAAAAUCUGAAUCGGUCGCCAAGCGACCCAAGGUUAGCGAGAAGCAAUGAGUCUCCAGUCAAAAGUCCAGUAAGAACACCUGUCAUGGAAAAUGAUCCUUUGGGGGCUUUAGCUAAUGACGAAACGCCGAUAGUUUCUCCUUGCGAAGAGAAUGAUUCAAAUUGUUCGACAAGUACAUUAACUGUCUUAAAUAAUGCGCUCGAGGACAGCCGUCCUGGCGGACCCUUAUUAUUUCGCAAUAACGCCACGUUGCCGCGAAGUGCAACUUUUCAUCAACCAGCCGAGGAACUCGGAGGUACGAAUGCUGCUAGUCAUCUUCAGCGCAGUGAAACAAUGCCACAUUCAGUGCAACAGGCUGAACAUGAAAGAGAACGUGAGCGAAUCGAGUUUGGCAGUUUAUGGGCACAGAAUAAAGACAGUGUUACUUCUAGUUUAUCCAGUAUUGGCUCAAGCCUCAAACUCAGCUUCGGUUGGCCAUGGACAUCCAGACGUUACUCAACUGGAGGACUCGCCUUUGGCAAAAACAAGGAAUUGAUAUCGACAAAUCAGCUGAUAGAAUCUCUCAGUCUUUCCAGUUACAUAAGUCCGUCGAGUCUUACUGGUAAAAAAUCCAACGAAAUCAUCCUGGGUGGUUUGAACAGUUUGAAAUCCGCCGUGACGUCGGUUGGAAAGAAGUUUGACGAGAUCAAAGAGGCCAUUUCAGCGACAAGCACACCCAUCAAAUCGAAGGAGCGCGAACAAAAGCUCGGUUACGGUGUAUCUCAUGAGAGUUUAGACUCGCUAACAGAUGGCUCGCAGCAAGACCGCAACGAGCUUUCUGCCAGAAUGGCUGGAGAAACGAGUGUAGAUCUUGGAGCGCUGUACGAGCUGGCUGAGUGCUUGUAUCCAAAAUCGACAAAAGAACAGGAGGAGCGCGUGGCAGUGGAGCUAGCACUGUCAAGUGCCAGUCGCUGUCACAACUGCUUAGCCAUUCUCUACGACGAAGAAAUUAUGGCAGGAUGGCAGCCCGAGGAUUCGAAUCUCAACACGACUUGCCAGUUUUGCGACAAAGCCACCGUUCCCCUACUAACUGUCACUAUUUUCGAUUACAGAUGCGAGGACGGCGAGAACAACCAUGACCCAUUGAUGGCGGGCCUGUUGCAAAAGCCGCGCGAGCUGCCUGACCCAAUAACCGUGCCCUACCUUAACCCGCUGGUGCUACGUAAAGAGCUGGAAAGUGUACUCGACCAAGAAGGCGAUUCGUGUCUUACCAAGCAAAAGUUCAUACAGGAACACCCGAUCGUAUACUGGAAUCUCAUUUGGUAUUACGAGAGGGUCAAUUUGCCCAGUCAUCUGCCCGAGCUCUGGCUUGGAAAUUGCGAGCGCAAAACCGAUCCUCUCUCCACUUGCCCCACCGUUGGCGUACGCACGCUCUGGGACAACGAGAAAUUGCACAUGGAUAGAAUCCCCAUGUAUCUCCAGUGGAAAAAUAACAUCGAGGAUCGAGCGUUUAUGCAAAAUGUGAUAUCGUACGUUAGACGUAACGAUUUAGCUGAGCCAAUAAAACAAGUAGCAUUGGAACGCAAUAGAAAUCGAAAUGCCGAACAAACGCCUUUCUCUAUUUAUCGAGAUAUACUUUUCUUAGCUUUCAUUGUUCUUGGAAGAGGAAAUAUUGAUCAAGGAGUGUUUGAUCGUGAAUACUUGUUGUCGUUAGAGAAGUUGACGGAGGGAGAGGAAUCGCUAUUAUGCACAAUUGAUGCUGCCCCUUCGCUAAUGACGCUUUACUGCCGGCAUUAUUUCAAGCAACUUAAUGUCUGAUCGUUCUUGCACGUGAUAUUGAAAUUCAAACUUGUGAUGCUGUGCAAUAUAUACAAGAAGCAAACAAAAGAGAUGAGCUCUUCUGUCGAUAAUUGUGAUCAAGUUUUGACCAAUUUGAUAAGGUUAAAAAGAGUAAAAACGAAUUCAAAUCACUUAAGCAUAUAACUUGAAAAUAACUCACGUACAAGUUUAUACAAUGACGCCCAUGAUGAUAUCACGUUGUAAAGGAGUUGUACAGUGUUACGCGUAACGAUGAAGUAUAUAUAUUUUUGGAAGGAAGCGACUCACCGAUCGUAUUAGCAACGCCUGGCCCGAUAGAGAGACGAAGAAAAAAAGCGCGCACGCUCGCGAUAGAAUGACAACGA